AUGCAAACAAACGCUACUUAUGCAUAUAUGGCAUCUUACGAACAAAACGAAUCUCGAUCUCCACAAACUUCAAUUAAUUUGUCCAUGCCCAACAGCCUAGAUCAUACUUAUGAUCCUGUUAUCAUGUCUGGGUACUUUUUCAUUGAAAAUGCUUUUUUCAUUUUUAAUGAAUUAUUGCUAUUACUACCAUUACCAAUUGAAACUGUAGCCAAAUUGUUGGAAGAUAUUGUUGAUGGGAAUCAAAAUGUCAAUUUAUUUUAUUAUGUUCAUCCAUUUACCAAUAAUGUCACGCUUUUUUUCCAGUGUGAACAACAUCAGCAAGAAAUUUAUAAUUUAGAGACUCAACCCUUUUCUUGUUUUACUUUUCAAAAUGAUUAUAACCAUCAAGUAUUUGACUCUCGAAAAGAUAAAUGUAAGUGGAAAAAAGAAAAUGUAAAUGCAUUGCUUUCAUAUUUGAAAAAACAUAAAGAAGAAGUCCGGCAGCUAGAAAGUCGUGGUGUUACAGCUGGUAAAAUUAAAAAUAAUCUCUGGAAGAAUGCCUUCACUGCUUUAUCCGAAGAAGGCUACAUUUAUACCGCUGACCAAUGCGCGAUUAAGUGGAAAAAUAUAAAGCAGAAUCAUAAAUCACCUAAAUUUCAGUAUAAAGACGAAUUUAAAGAAAUUAUUUGUGAAAAAAGAAUGAGUAAACGAAAGCUGGAACAUGAAUUUGUAAACGAAGAAUAUGGACAAAAAAAAUCUAGGAAGGUGAAAAAUCGAAAGGGAACCAAAGAGCAUUAUAAAUAA